AUGAGCACAAAAGAAAAGGGUAAGUUUCCAUCUCAACCACAACCAAACCCCCAAGGUCAAUUUUGUGUUAAUGAUUGUAGUUCCUCUGAAAAUAAAUUGAGUCAAGUUAAAUUUGUAACUACUCUUCGUAGUGGAAAAAUCAUUGAAAAAUAUAUUCCUAAAAGCAAUACACAUGAUGAGUCUUCCAAAAUAAAAAGUUGUGAUGAAGUCAUUGAGUCUAAAUCUAAUAAAAUUGAAAGGUGUCCCAUCCCUGCUCCUUUUCCCCAAAGGUUGAUUUCCCCUCAAAAAGUGAAUCAAAAUUUUGAAAUCCUUGAAGUGCUUAAGCAUGUUAAAGUGAAAAUUCCUCUUUUGGAUGCCAUAAAGCAAAUUCCAUCAUAUGCUAAAUUUUUGAAAGAUUUGUGUACUGUUAAGCGUAAGCUUAAUGUACAUAAGAAGGCACUUUUUACUGAACAAGUUAGUGCAAUCAUUCAAAAUAAUAGACCUCCAAAGUUUAAAGAUCCAAGUUGUCCCACUAUUUCAUGUGUGAUUGGUAAUUCAAAAAUAGAGAAAGCUUUGCUUGAUCUUGGGGCAAUAAGUGUGAAUCUUUUGCCAUAUUCAAUGUAUGAGCAAUUAGGUCUAGGCGAGUUAAAACCCACUUCCAUAAUUUUACAACUUGCCGAUCAAUCUGUGAUUGUUCCAAAAGGUGUUGUUGAGGAUGUUUUGGUUCAAGUGGACAAAUUUUAUUUUCCUGUUGACUUUAAUAUUUUGGACAUGUAUCCUGUUUCUAAUGCUAAUUCUCAAAUAUCUGUGAUUUUAGGACGCCCAUUUCUUGAAACUUCUAAUGCAUUGAUAAAUUGUAGAAGUGGAGUCUUAAAAUUAUCUUUUGGCAAUAUUACCCUUGAGCUUAAUAUUUUUAAUGCUUGUAAGCAAACUAGGGAUGAAGAGGAUGUGCAUGAAGUUAACUUGAUUGAAACAAUUGUUCAAGACCAAACAUUAGAAACUUGUUUAGUCAAUUCAUGUGAUUUUAACUUUGAUGAGAAUUCUGAAAUUGCAUACAUUCAUUGUCUCUUGGAAUUUGCACAAGAAUUGGAAGUGAGCAAUUGGAAAUUGAAAUACAAUGAGUUGCCACCUUGUGAGAUAAAGUUGUUCCCAUCUAGUGAGCAAGUACCUAAAUGGAAGUUGAAACCUUGGCCAAAUGAUCUUAAGUAUGCUUUUCUAGGAACCGAUGAGACUUUUUCUAUGGUAAUAUCUUCUGAACUUAAUUCCUUGCAAGAAUGUCAUACAGAAAGUUGGAGCGAGGUUGGCAUUAACUAUGGCACCAUAGGGAACAAUUUGCCGUCACCACAUGAAUCCAUUAAGCACAUCAGAUCUAUGAAAGCUAGCCGUGUGAAGCUGUACGAUUGCAAUCCUGAAAUCUUGAAAGCACUAUCAGGGACCAGGAUCCAAGUUUCCAUUAUGGUCCGAAACAAUGAAAUCUCAAGCAUUGCUUCAAGCCAGACCGUAGCUGACCAAUGGGUCAAGACCAAUGUCCUUGCUUACUACCCCAAAACUCUGAUCCGAAUCAUACUUGUUGGCAACGAAGUCCUUAGUUACAAUGAUCAGAAAAUGUGGUGUGAUCUUGUCCCGGCCAUGCGUAAAAUCCAACAUUCUCUCAGAGCACAUAACAUCACAAACAUCAAAGUGGGUACUCCCUUUGCCAUGGACGUAAUGCAUUCAACUUUUCCACCAUCAUCUGGGACGUUCAGGUCCGAUAUAACUGCCACCGUGAUGUUACCAUUGCUAAAAUUCUUAAAGGGUACUCACUCUUUUUUCUUCAUCGAUGUGUACCCUUAUUUCCCUUGGUCAGCCAACCCCAACAACAUUCACAUUGAUCAAGCACUACUAAAAGAAACUUUUCAUUAUACUGACCUCGUAAAUGGCUUAAUCUACACAAAUCUUCUUGACCAAAUGCUCGACUCUGUGAUCUUCGCCAUGACCAAGCUCGGGUACCCAGACAUACGGCUUUCGAUAGCUGAGACAGGCUGGCCAACCGCAGGUGAUGCAAAUCAACACGGAGCGAAUGUCCACUUUGCAGCCACGUACAACCGAAAUCUGGUGAAAAAGAUUGCAGCAAAACCAGCAAUUGGAACCCCAGCAAGGCCUGGCAUGGUCAUACCAACAUUCAUAUUUGCAUUGUACAAUGAGAACCAAAAGAGUGGUCCAGGGACAGAGCGGAACUGGGGCUUGUUACACGCAGAUGGGACACCGGUUUACAAUAUCGACUUGAGUGGGAAGCAAGCAGCUUUCUCAUCAGACUUUGUACUACCGGUGCCCGUGGGGAAUCAUAAUGUGACGCAUAGGCAUAGGGGAGAGGCUUGGUGUGUGGCGAAGGCAGAGGUGGAUUUGAAUGCGCUACACUCGGCAUUGUCGUUUGCAUGUGGUCUAUGUGAGACCUGCGGUGCUCUUGCGCCUGGGAGAGAGUGUCAUGUACCAGGUUCAAAUUCAUUGACUUUACAUGCAAGUUUUGCGUUCAGCUCUUACUUUGCAAAGUUCCACAAUCUGGGUGCGACUUGUGACUUUAACGGACUUGCUACGCUAACCACAAACAAUCCCAGUCAUGGAUCUUGCAUGUUCCCAAGUGUAACUCUUUGA